AUGAAGGAAGCUCAGGUUUCUAAAGGCGUGGUGGUUGUGAUCAAGGAUGUUGAGAUUCCAAAGCCGGGUCCCAAGCAAGUCGUUAUCAAGGUCGUAGUGAGUGGAACUAAUCCCAAGGACUGGAAACUCGUUGAAUAUGGCAUGAAAUGUGAUCCCAACACAGGCGACGACAUCGCCGGCUAUGUGCAUAGCGUCGGCUCCGAAGUUUACGAGUUUAAGCCAGGAGACCGCGUCGCUUCCUUCCACGAAAUGAUGACUCCUGGCGGCAGCUUCGCAGAGUACGCCGUGGGCUGGCAACACACGACCUUCCACAUUCCCACAUCCGUCUCUUUCGAAGAAGCAGCCACAAUCCCCCUGGCCGCUAUGACAUCAGCAAUCGGCCUACAGUUGCGACUCGGCCUCUCCAACCCAUGGACUCCCGUGCCAGACGGCAAAAAACUGCCCCUCGUCGUAUAUGGCGGUGCCAGCGCCGUCGGCGCCUUCGCCAUUAAAAUCGCCCGCAAAGCGAAUAUCCACCCCAUCAUCACCGUCGCAGGCCGCGGUACAUCUUAUGUGGAAACGCUACUAGACCGGUCCAAGGGCGACAUAGUCAUCGAUUACCGCGACGGCGACGAAGCCGUCAUAAAGAAGAUCCGAGAUGCGCUCCAAGGAGAAAAAUUAAGCCACGCUUUCGAUGCCAUAAGCGAAGGCAGCUCGUAUGAUAACAUUACAAAGAUAAUUGACGCUCAUGGCACAAUUGGGGUCGUCCUGCCUAUUCAUGAGCAGAAGAGUGUACCGGACACUGUGACGCCGGCGAUGACGAAUGUGGGGUCGGCGCAUGGCGAGGAUGCGGAUUUCGCGCAUGUCAUGUUUAGGUGGAUGGCGAGGGGGUUGCAGGAAGGGUGGUUUAGUGGACACCCGUUUGAGGUUGUCCCGGGGGGUCUGCAGGGUGUACAGACGGGGUUGAAGAAUUUGAAAGAGGGGAAGGCGAGUGCGGUUAAGUAUGUUUAUAAGAUUGGGGAGGAGUGA